AUCUACAUUCUUACAUGUUAAGUUCUAUCAAUUUUAAACCCUCUUCUAAUUUCGUCAAUUCUUCAUUUAUUUCAUUAUAUAACUGUAAUCAAUAGUGCUAUACCGGUUCCUUUUCUUUUUUUCAUAAUCUUCGUCCUUUAACCUUUUCUUUACCUACUUCCGAAUACCAGUUUCGUUUUACAUUCCCGUUGUUCUUUAUUUUUUUCCUUAUAUUUCUUUUAUUGAAGCCAUAAGUUAGUCUUAUUUCUAACUGCCUGUUUAAAUUUCCCUCGUUUUGAUGACGUCUACUCAGACAAUUCUUAUUGGUCACUUCUUUGUCACGUGAUUUCUAGAUGCGCAAUAACAUACCCUUGUACUUAUAUCAUGGUUACUAGUCAUAAAUCUUCCUUGUGAGAAUAGAUAUGUUAAACGUUACAUUUCUAACACGUGUAAUAAAAAUACAUUUGUACUUACACACAACAUUCAAGAGAACCGAUAAAUCGCGUGAGAUAACCUUUUCAUACUGUGCACAUCACAUUCGAAAGAGACAGUCGCACUCGUAUCCAGCCGGUGGUCCCUGGAGUAUAUUGUUUUUUGGAACGGGUAACUUUUCUCUGGAAAGUUUACGAAGCUUGUAUAACGAAUACAGAGCUAAAAAACUCUGUCGAUUAGAAGUUGUAUCAGUGUGUAAAGGGAAAAAAAAUGUUGUUAUACAGUAUGCGGAGGAGAAAGGAAUUGUUGUUAACAAAUGGCCCCUUGAAAACAAUCCACAGGGUUUUCAUAUCGGGAUAGUAGUCUCCUUUGGUCAUUUGAUACCACUAAAUAUUAUAAAUUCUUUUCCACUUGGUAUGUUAAAUGUUCAUGACAGUCUAUUGCCACGAUGGAGAGGAGCAGCUCCAGACAUUUAUACCUUAAUGAAAGGAGACACACAGACAGGAAUUACAAUCAUGAGGGUGGCAGAAAAGUUUGAUACUGGAGACAUAGUAACACAGGAAAAGAUAGAUAUUCAUGCAGAUGAAACUCGACCAGAAUUAAAUAUGAAAUUAGCAAAGCUGGGUGCGAAUGUUCUGAUUGAUGUGCUAGGAAAAUUGCCACAAGUAUUAUCUUCCUCGAGGCCUCAAGGAAAAUUAGGUGUAACAUAUGCAUCUAAAGUUUCAUUAAAGACCUCUUUAGUGAAAUGGGAUGAGAUGACGGCGAAGAAUGUUUAUGAUCUGCAGCGUGCUCUUCUAGGAUUGUAUCCAUUAAAAACCAAGUUUGAUGGCGUGACUAUAAAAUUGUUGGAUGUCCGGCAGACGUCGAAACCGGAAGAUGGCAGAAAUUCGGAUAUACCAGGUUUCGUGAGAUUUGAUCGGAAAAGUAAUACGUUAGUUGUGACAUGUAAAGGACCAAGUUGGAUCUCAACAACAAAAGUAAUUGUGAAAGGGCAUCCAGUUAUGAGUGCAUUGCAGUUUAGAAAUGGAUUUAUACGGAGCAGAAAGAAAGACUGGAUAUUAUUUCAGAGUAAUGUUACAUAAUCUACAGCGCUGCUUUUAACAUCAACGCUAUUCUUUU